UUUUCAUUUAGGGCAAUUAAUCUUUCUUUUUCUCUCUUUUCUUCCGUCAUCGCCCCCGACACCCCCUGUUCAUCGUGCGCAACCUCCUUGCGCGAUCUGUACGGCGAUCGACGGCGGCGGCGACGACGACCGGGGCGUGAACGGCGACCGGCGAUUAGGUCUCAGCGCGGCCAAGGCGACGUAGGCGGAGAGAGAGUCCUAACCGCAGUUAUAGACGACUGGGUCUCUGCAGCGUUCCGGACUCCAGGGCAGCAAGAAUGGAUGCCAAGUAUUCCGGAGAGACGUUGAAGCAUUUGGAGAAGCAAAACGAGUUGCUGAUGGAUGCCUACAGAUCAAUGUCACAUGAACUACACAAGCUGCAGGUUGAGGAAGAAAUGCUCAUGCGCAAGUUUUAUGAACUCAUGUCAGCACAGGGCUUAACUAAAAAGGACGGAGUUGGAAAAGAUUCUUCAGGUGAUAACAGAACUGGAGACUCAACGGCACUAGUCGUUAAAGAUGGCGAUGAACAGCAGUCAGGAUGACUUAUCCAAGUAUAAUACCCAACACAGAGAAUGGAAUACUUCAUUAAGUGGAGAUUAUGUGACUGGUCAUCUCUCUUCGCUCUGAGAUUUCAACAAAAUCUUGCCCUUGUCAUUCUUUAUUCAAGUUUAGUAUGCGACAGAUCAAGAAGUGAAGGUGAUCUCUGCAACGGGUGUUCUGUAGGAAAUAUUGUCAUAUAGGGGAUUCGUUGAUUGGGCCCGCUUCUUGUUCAGGCACACUUUUCUCUGCCUCGAUGCAUAAAUGUUUUCACUUGAAAGAGCUUGAAUCUAAGACCAAGAUCCUCUUUUUAUUUUUACUCUUGUAACAGACAAAACUGGCGAGAUCAAGUUGAAUUGUUUCUUACUUUGUUUUAUACAUUGGUUACUCUGCACCAAUGUAAAGGCAAAACUAAUACAUAUAUUCUCUGAGGUUUGUUUGUA